AUGUGUCUUGUUGUUAAUAAAGAGUCAUCAAAAACAAACGUGCAACAACCUUUUAAAGUUAAUAUAUCAAAAAACAAUAGAGCUUUUAUUUGGGAUGCGGAAACCGUUCAUAAGUUACGUAAAGAUCAUCGUAUAGUCGGCUCAUUGGUCGGUAGCCUUCCUCGAUAUCCAUUACAAAAUCAAUUUCUUGGGUUACCUCUUUCUUUAAUGCCCGAGGAGGUGACGUUACUUUUAUCUAAAGGAAUUAUUGUUUUAAUUGAUGAUGAAAAAAGCCACUUAAUACCUACAAAAACGCAAAUUGAAGAAUUUGAAAAAAAUAAAUCCGAAAAUGAGAAUCAACAAUUGCAAGAUUAUUUAUGUUUUAUACAAGAGAAGAGAGCUAAAUUCCAAUCUUUAAAGAAAGAUAAAUUUAAAGAAAGCGAUGUAAAGAAGACAGAAAAUAAUCCUGCUAAUGAUAUUAAUGAUUCAUCUUCCCAACAACGUCAAACUACAUCACAACUUGAACAUGAAUCUUCUCUUAUUAAAGCUUUUGCUCCAACUACCACUAUUAAAACAUCAUCGACCUCAUUUGCAUGGUACAAUGAUAACGAUUAUUGUUUUGAUUCUCUAGAGGUAGCUAGACUAGCUGGAUUGUGGACAUGGCCAUCGACACCGAAAGAACAAUAUAAAUAUAAUAUAUAUUGUGAUCUUUGGAAUCGUGGAUAUUUCAUUACGAGUGGUAUCAAAUUUGGAGGGGAUUACUUGUUAUAUCCAGCAACAAUUAUUGAUAUGAAUAAGGAAAUAUCGGCCAUGGAUAUUAUUACAUUUGGUCGUAUGGGAACGGCCGUCAAAAAAUCUUAUAUGUUAUGCUCGUGGAAUACGAAUGAGGACAAAGCAGUAUAUGUAUGUAUAGAAUGGGCUGGAUUUUAA